AUGGCGUCGCCUCUCAGAGCCACCGCCAGCAGCGGGCGUCUCCAGCAGCGGUCGCCAACGACGCACGCCGUCGUGCCUCUCGACCAGCCGCUGCUGCCCUUCCGCCUAACGUCUCCGCUCGACUCCACCGCGUUAGUGCGCGCUGACGACUCGACGGCGUCGCUACGAACAGCGAUAGAUGACGAACGUCUGUCGCUCGAAGGCCACGUGUCGCGCGAGGUGGAAGAAGGGCGGUGGAAUCGCGCACAGACGUCGCCUACGAUCCGCCCAUCCCCGCCGUCCGUCCCCGCCCGCCUGCCAUCCUCGCAAUCCCGCUGGCCGCCGCACCGCCUUCCUGCUCGCACCGCGUUCCUCGCCCUCGUCGCCCUCCUCGCCGCGCUGCUCGCUGGCGGCUCGCUGCUGCUCUCGCGGUCGCCGCUGCCGCCGCUGAGCGACCUGCUUGCGACCACCGGCGACACAGGCGACAGGCCCCCAGACGACACUGUGAGAUCUGACCUGCUGGCGCAGAAUGGGAGCGCGGGUGAUCGGAUGGCAGCUAGUGCGAUGGAGAGCGGUGAGGAGGGUGGGACCAGCGAGAAUGGCGCGAAGAGAGCAGACGCGGAGGAGACGAGGCGCAGGGAUAAGGAGGGGGACGCUGGCGCAAGAGGGGAGGCGGAUGGGGUGGUGCGCGGGAAGGAGAGUGAGGGCGGAAAGGAUGGUGUGAGCGGAAAGGAGGGUGUGGGCGGAAAGGAGGGUGUGGGCGGACUGGAGGGUGUGGGCGGACUGGAGGGUGUGGGCGGAGGGGAGGGUGUGGGCGGAGGAGAGGGUGUGAGUGGUGGCGAGGGGGUGUUCGAAAGAGCCAAAGGCGUUAUGCCAGAAGUGGGCGAGCACGAGGGGGUGAGUGCAGCAGCUCCGCCAGCCAGCGCUGCGCGCCGUCCAGCCCCGAACCCCUCAGCACCAUCACGAGCGCUUCACCCUGCGUGCGACCUGUCACAGGGCACAUGGGUGCCCACCACGCGCCCACCGCUCUACUCGGGGGCCAACUGCUCGUGGCUCAGCCCGCAGUGGGCGUGCCGCAGGGCGCCCGACCGCCCCUCCUUCCACCACGAGGCGCUGCUCUGGCGCCCCUCGCACUGCGACGUGCCACCGUUUGACCCGCUUGACUUCCUCCACCGCCUGCGCCACCGCGCCCUCGCCUUGGUGGGCGACUCGCUGGCCCAGCAGCAGUUCCAGUCGCUGCUCUGCCUGCUCGCGUCUGCCGCGCCAGGGGGCACGGAGGACGUGGCGGGCGAGUGGGGGUUCGUGAACAUGCCCGUGAAGAGCAAGUACAAGCGCAUGCGCCCCACCGGCUAUGCCGUGCGCUUCCCCGCCACCAACACCACCAUCGUCUUCUCCUGGUCCUCCUGCCUCUGCAAGAUAGCGUACUACAACGAGAGUGACAUGCUGGAGGGCGGCGCCGCCAUGCACGUGGAUCAACCCGACGACUUCCUGCAGACCCACCUGCACCGCCUGGACGUGGUCGUCAUGAACAGUGCUCACCACUGGAGCAGGUGGGCGGGAGAGGCAUGGGAUACGAGCAUGCCGCACAAGGUGCGAGACAGCAAGUGGGAUGUGCACAUUGCAGGGCAGCCCGUCAACAUCGAUGACCCUGCGCUGCACCUUGAGGUGCACGUUGAUGCGCCACCGCUGCCACACGCCCAUGCGGAUAACAGCAGCAGUAGUGAGGGCGAGGGCAGUGAGGGCGAGAGAGGGAGCGGGCAGCGCAGCACGGUGCGCAUAGAGGGCAGCAGCGGCGUCAUGCACGCCUUGCAGCGCAUCGCCCUGCGCUCCACCAUGGCCUGGCUGCACCGCCACGUCGCACCCAUGGGGGGUGGCCAGAGCCAAGCGGAGUCAGGGCAGGGUCAGGGGGCGCAGGGGGGUGAGGGAGUAGUAGAGGAGCCUGGGGGUGGGGAGGGCGGGGCAGCUGCAGCAGAAGGGGGUGGUGGCAGCAGAGGGGCGAGGAGGAGGAGGAGGGCGCCGCUGCUGCUGCUGCGCACGGCGUCACCGCGGCACUUCUUUGACGGCGAGUGGAACACACGCGGCCACUGCGACCACAAACACGACCCCCUGUCCCUGUCCGCCGUGCUGCCCCUCAACUCAUCGCGCGACCGGGCGGCAGAGCAGGCGGUGGCGGGGCUGCCGUCCGUCCACCUGCUCAACACGUCGCACCUCUCCUCCUUCCGCCCUGACGCACACCCGUCUCAGUGGGGGUACCUGCUGGAUGCGGCCCACCAGGACUGCCUGCAUUGGUGCCUGCCCGGCGUGCCCGACACCUGGAACCAGCUUGUGUACGCCCACAUGCUCAUGAGAGACAUGCAGCAGGGGGGAGAGGAUGGGAUGAGGGGUGUGGAGGGCGAUGGAGGGGAGAGAGGGGCGGAGGGAGCCGUGGGGGUGACGAGGAGGGGAGAUGAGAGGGCAGAGAAGGAAGGUGCCAACAGUAAGACACCCUAG